AUGGCUACUGUGGGCCAUUCAGAAGUGUCAGACGCGUUGCAUCAUGACGAUGCAGCAGAAUUAAUGUCUAAUUCUGUUGUGAAGAAGGAGGAUGACGACUUUUCCGUGGCAGAAUCGUCAAUUGUGAAUGGGGAUUAUGAAAAAGACGCGACAAAAGACGACGGAACUUUCGGGCAAGUGCUUCCAGAACAGCCCACAAUGAAAAUCAUUGAGCGUAAAAUAAGCGGGUACGUUGGGUUCGCCAAUUUGCCUAAACAAUGGCAUAGAAAGUCGAUCAGACGUGGAUUUUCGUUGAACCUGCUUUGCGUCGGAAAGAAAGGUUUAGGGAAAACGACGCUCAUCAAUACUCUUUUCAACCAAGAGCUGCAGGACCCCGCGAGCGCUAAAGUCGAUGAUCAGCUAGCGAAUCUGAAGCUCGAAGACCCAGAAAAGGCUGGGGAAGCCCAGGAAACGCCUGUAAAACCCAAAGUGCAGAUCAACACGAUCUCGACGACAAUCGAGGAAAAUGGCGUGCAAUUGGCACUGAACGUUAUUGAUGCCGCUGGGUUUGGUGACGCUAUCGAUAAUACGGACGCUUGGGAGCCCAUUGUGCGCGAAAUAGAUUCGCGGUUCGAUCAGUAUUUGGAUGCCGAAAAUAGGAUCGACAGAACGUCGAUCCAGGACAACAGGAUACACGCUUGUGUGUAUUUCAUUGAGCCCUCGGGCCACUGCUUGUCCGAUUUGGAUUUGACUUUCUGCAAAUCCGUUCACGAGAAAUGUAAUUUGAUUCCGGUAAUUGCUAAGUCAGACAUUUUGACUGACGAAGAAAUUGAACAGUUCAAAAUUGUGAUCCGCAGUCAAUUACAAGAGGCCGGUGUCAACUUGUUCGAACCACCUCACUACUCGAUCGACGAUGACGAAACCGUGAAAAGUUCCAAGAGUUUGUCCUCAAAGAUACCAUUUGCCGUUGUUGGGUCCACCAAAGAAGUAGCGACGCCAGACGGAAGACAGGUGCGGGGUCGCCAAUAUCCAUGGGGUAUCAUUGAAGUCGACAACGCGGCUCACUCGGAUUUCGUGUAUCUGCGCGAUCUUUUGAUAAGGCAUUACCUGGAAGAGCUCCGUGAGAGAACUAGCAACGUGCUAUACGAACACUACCGAUCUGAAAAGCUCAGCAGCUUAGGAAUAAAGCAGGACAAUGCUGUGUUCAAAGAGUUUGACCCUACCAUGAGACAAAAGGAGGAAAAACAAUUACACGAAGCCAAACUUGCCAAGCUAGAAUCAGAGAUGAAGGCCGUGUUCCAACAGAAAGUCAGUGAGAAGGAGAAAAAACUUCAAAAAUCCGAAGCGGAAUUGUUUGCAAGACAUAAGGAAAUGAAGGAUAAGCUUACGAAGCAGCUAAAGGCUCUCGAGGACAAGAAAAGACAAAUUGAAAUGUCUAUGGCAAACCAAGCAAAUAACUCGCCAAUCCAACCAAAGAAGAAGGGCUUCUUGCGCUGA